AUGUCCGCAAAGAACAAUCCUCAUCUUCGUCGUCGUCGUUGUAGUCGCCGUCGGCCUCGUCAUCAUCAUGCGCAGCAUCAUCAUCAGAAAAAGUUUUGGCUCGAGGACACGCCCACUCGUGCAGAGUCGCCUCUGCGAAAGCGAGCGAUGACAGACUCCGAUGACAAGCUUGCGCGGGUGCCGAUUAUUCAAAGUGAUGAUCCAGAUGUAGAAUCAGUGGCGUGGUUGCUCCUCACGAUUGCUCCACACUGCUGCGCCACUGCAGGUGAGGCCAGAAAGCAGAGGUGGUUGCUCCGCACUGCCCAGAGCUUAGUAGCAAUUUGCCUGUACGCAGCGAGCAUGUGGAUACAACAAUUGACGCAGCAGGUCUGGUUAGACUUCGCGCUAGUGUUCAUCUUCAUACCACCUUGCAUCACGGAAUGGUGCCGGUGA